CUAAAUCAUAGAAGCGUUAAGUCUACAAUUGAGCUAGUAAUACCUGCAUAACGGCCAUCAUAGGAUACUCCUGCUCGCGGCUAACUUAACGAAAGCCGGUGUCUAGCUGCCAUUUAUAUGAUGCCAGAGCCAACUAUUCGUCGCACAGACGCAAAAGCGUUCUUUGCGAAUGAGCGUACGUUUCUUCAUUGGAUGAGCACAGCAGUUACAAUCGGAGGUAUCGCGGCAGCUUUGUCAGGCGUCGCGGGACAUGCCCACAGGCACUGGGGCGACGAAUUCACAGAGCGAGCCAUCGUCGUGCGCGUUGUCUCGCUAGUCAUGCUGUUCAUCUCAGUAGUCAUCGCAGUCUGGGGAGGGCUAAACUUCCAGAAGCGAGCAAUCUUCCUCGAAGCCAAGGCUGACGGUCCGUACGACAGUCGCUUCCUACCCGUCAUGCUCACCGUGUGCAUGGCGCUCUCCAUGUCUGUAGUCUUCGGAGGUGCCGUGUACCGGUUGACCAGCACGUAAAGCGGAGCCUGGAAGACGUGCGUGCAAGUGGUUGUGGGUGGGGUGAGUGGGAUUACAAGUGCAGGAGUGUCUAGGUUUAGAGGUUGCCAGACAGGACAUACUCAGACGUGCUGAACUGCGGAAUAGCGCAGCAUGCUGCUACCGGUAGGUUCGACAUGACGUGCUGUUGUCAAAGAGACAGGGCGGAUCGAGAAGGGGGGUUGCUUCUGGUUCUGCAAGACGCUAUGCUCCCAGGUAUUGUCUUUGGACCCGGCACAUGUGGUUUCUUACUGGAGAGCAUUGGUAAUGCUAGCUUUCCUUUCGAGUUUGGCAUCCUGGUGAGACUGAAGGUUUGACAGGGGCUGACGGGGGCUUCGACACAUGGGGGGUAGAUUCAGAUACUGACUGACCGUGUAUCCUUGAGAGUUACUUGCCGAGUAACCCAUAUCCAACACGGUAACCCAUAUGCAACACGGUGCCAUGUGCUUGGGUUCCUAUAUGCAUUUGUAUAGCUGUAGCGGAGUAUUUUGCGGUUUUUAAUGGUGCACUUCGUCAUGCAACGGUGCAAGAGGGAUUCGUGAGUCUCGACAUGGGGGUUUCGGACUGGAGGGGAGGAACUGGUGCAACGACAAGC